AUGGAGCUUACUAUAACACGACCAGAUGAUUGGCAUAUUCACCUUCGUGAUGGUGACCUUCUUGAAGCUGUAGUCCCUCACAGGUUUCAUGAUUUGAAGUUACUUUGGAAGGGGAAUAGUCAUGCCAAAUCUGAAACCUCCCAUCACAACCAUAAAUUGCCUUCUAUUAGUGACUUCACUCCUCUUAUGACACUACAUUUGACAGAUACAACUACUGCUAAUGAGAUCAAGCUUGCAAGAAAAAGUGGGGUUGUAUUUGCUAUGAAAUUGUACUUUGCUGGUAUAUUCAACGCUCUUGUUGCAUUGUCAUUGUAUGCAAAGGGCUUUGAAGAGGCUGGUGUCCUUGGCAAGAUAAAGGCAUUUAUAAGCUUCAAUGGACCAGACUUCUAUGGCCUUUCCAGAAACACUUCAAAAAUAAAAUUGAAAACGACUCCAUGGAAGGUUCUAGAGACUUUCUUUUAUUCUUUUGGGGACAUUAUUCUAAUGUUUGCUGGUAAAACACUCGAGUAG